AUGCAGCGAGGAACAGAACCCAAUGAUUAUACCAUUUACAACAAGGCCAUUGACUGUAACUCACUAAUUAUGCAAAGCCAGAGAAUUCAUACAAGGGAGAAACCCUACAAGUGUGAAGAAUGUGGGAAGGGCCUAAGUUCUCAUAAAGCACUUUCCAUACAUAAGAGACUUCAUACUGGAGAAAAGUCUUAUAUGUGUAGAGAAUGUCAUAAAACCUUCAAUACUCGCUCAUCACUUUUUAUACACCAGAAAAAUCAUACUGAUGAGAACUACAAGUGUGGAGAAUGUGGCAGAUUAUUUUAUUAUCCUUCAAUGCUGAAGCAACAUCAAAGAGUUCAUUCUGGAGAGAAACCCUACAAGUGUGAAGAAUGUGGCAAAGCUUUUUGUGAUCCUUCAUUCCUGAAGCAUCAUCAAAAAAUUCAUUCUGAAGAGAAUCCAUGCAAGUGUAAAGAGUGUGGCAAAAGGUUUUCCCAUUAUGCAACCCUUCAGAGACAUCGUAGAAUUCAUAAUGGAAAGAGAUCAUACAAGUGUAAUGAAUGUCACAAAACCUUUCUUUAUCACUCAGGACUUAAGGACCACAAGGUAUUUCAUACAGGAGAGAAACCAUACAAGUGUGAAAAGUGUGGCAAAUGUGUUUGCUCAGCUUCAUCCCUUAGACGAAAUCAAAUUAUUCACUAUGAAGUCAACCCUUACAAGUGUGAAGAGUGUGGCAGACGUUUUUACUCAUAUUUAUCACUUAGAGGACAUCAAAUUAUCCAUUCUGAAGUAAAUCCUUAUACGUGUGUGCAGUGUGGCAAACGAUAUUCCUGUUCUAGGAAUCUUCAGGAACAUCAAACACUUCAUACUGGAGAGAAACCCUACAAGUGUGAAGAAUGUGGUAAAGCCUUUCGUUAUCACUCAGGCUUUAGGAGACACAAGACAGUUCAUACUGGAGAGAAACCCUUCAAGUGUGAAGAAUGUCACAAAGCCUUUUAUUAUGUCUCAAGCCUUAGGAGACACAAGAGGGUUCAUACUGGGGAGAAACACUUCAAGUGUGAAGAAUAUCACAAAGCCUUUUAGUAUCUCUCAGGCCUUAAGAAACAUGAGAGAGUUCAUACUGA